AUGCAUAACACGAAAAGGGCUGAACUUGGCACUGUCACAGAAGCAGAAGGGUUGCAUCCAGUUUUAUAUUUGGCCAAAAAUGCAAGAAUCAUGCUUAAAAGUAAUCUGUGGACAGAAAAAGGUCUCGUUAAUGGAGCUAUGGGAACAAUUGUUGACAUUGUGUAUGAAGAGGACAAAAACCCACCUUAUGAAGCACCUGCAAUCAUCAUAGUUCGCUUUGACAAUUACGAUGGACCAUACCUGGACAAUGACCAAAAAACUUUCCCCAUUACUGUACUAACAAAAUCUUGGAAUGUUUCAGGAGAAAACAUGACAAGAACUCAAUUUCCAACUGUGUUGUGUUAUGCAUGUUCCAUUCAUCAAUCUCAGAGUCUCACACUACUAGAAAAAGUUGUCCUCAACAUUGGUCCAAGAGAAAUGGCCACAGGAAUUACACAUGUAGGAUUAUCACGUGUAAAGUCGGUAACAGGCCUUGUUCUGUAUCCAUUUACGAAGAACAGACUGCUCAGCAUCAACAAAAGGAGGUCUCUGGAACAAAUCAACCAAUGGGUUAAUAACCUAUCCACAAUGGUUUUGUUAUAG